UUUAAUAUUAGAAUACAUAUGGAAGACAUAGGUGCAUGAAAACGUAACAAUGGGUUGGAUAUUCUUUACCUGGCUUGUUGCCUUAACUCACACAAAGAUUCUUGCUUAAAGAAAUUACAAGCUUUUGUGUAUAUAUCCAACGUCACUGUGCUAAAGACGUUUAUGAAAGUUUCUGUUGAAAGAAGAGUAACAACUAAAAACUCAAAAAAUGGGUGUCAUUAUUGUGAUUGCAAAACGUUUUGAUGCUCUAAUUGGGCCUGGAGUCAUGCUUCUCUAUCCUCUGUAUGCAUCAUUUCGAGCAAUAGAGAGUCCAACGAUGUUAGAUGAUCAACAAUGGCUUACAUAUUGGAUCAUUUACUCCUUAAUAACAAUAUUCGAGCUAUCCGUUUGGAGAAUCCUCGCCUGGCUACCAUUUUGGCCAUACUUGAAGCUUUUGUUCUGUAUGUGGUUGGUGCUACCAAUGUUCAGUGGUGCAGCCUACAUUUACUCCAAUUUUGUUAGACAAUACGUCAAAAUUGGGAUGAAUGUUGGAGGAGGAACGAAUUAUACAGAUGAACAGAGAAGAGUUUUACAGAUGAUGAGUCUUGAUGCUAGAAAAUCGGUCCAAGAUUAUGUCGACCGGUUUGGAUGGGAUUCUGUUGAGAAAGCAAUCAAAGCGGCUGAAAGAGAAACUAGAAAGCAUUGAUGAAAUGGAAGAUCAAGAAUCAAGAAACAUUACUCUUUGGUUUGUAUUUGUAUGUGUAUAGAUUGUAUAGAACAAAACUAUAAUGAAACAAAAAAGAAAAAGAGAUAUAUAUGUUUGAAAAAUUAUGGUGACAAAUUUGUGUUCU